GGCGACUGACCCGGCGCGCGCUGUUCUCCGUACGUGCGCGCGAGAGCCUCGAAGGAUGGAAGCGUUAGCCUCGGAGCUGUACGGCGUGCAGGCGGUGCGCUUCGGCGAGUUCGUGCUCAAGAGCGGCCUCGUCUCCCCGGCCUAUGUCGACCUGCGCGUCAUCGUGUCGCACCCGGCCCUGCUCAACAAGGUAGCAGGUUUCCUUUUUCAAACAGCAAAGGAUGCUGCAAUCAAGUAUGACACUGUGUGUGGGGUCCCAUACACGGCUUUGCCCCUGGCUACAAUCAUCUGCUCAACCAACCAGAUCCCAAUGCUUAUACGGCGAAAAGAAGCUAAAGAUUAUGGUACCAAACGUCUUGUGGAGGGGACUAUAAACUCAGGAGAAACAUGUCUGAUCAUUGAAGAUGUAGUUACCACUGGUUCAAGUGUUCUGGAGACAGCAGAGACCCUUCGGAAAGAGGGGUUGAAGGUUACAGAUGCUAUAGUGCUUUUGGACAGAGAGCAAGGAGGGGGAGCCCUGUUGGAGAAGCAUGGCAUACGCCUACACUCAGUAUGCACCUUAUCUAAAAUUCUCAAGAUCCUUGAGCAGCAGGAAAAAGUUUCUCCUGAGAUGGUGGCAAGAGUAGAAAAAUUCAUCCAGGAGAAUAUUAUUAAACCACCUGAGCAAAAUGGUACUCCUCCCGUGAAAAGAAUGUGCAAAGAAAUGAGCUUUGCUGCUCGGGCUGAACUGCCAGACACUCAUCCCCUCGCUGCACAACUUCUCAGGCUGAUGGAGAAAAAGCAGUCUAAUUUGUGUCUUUCUGCUGAUGUGACUAACUCCAAAGAAUUGCUCCAGCUUGCUGCGACUUUGGGCCCUUCCAUCUGUAUCUUGAAGACUCACAUUGAUAUUCUGGAUGAUUUCACCCAAGAAAUAGCCAAGGAGUUGAGAGCACUUGCAGAUAAGCAUGAAUUCUUGAUAUUUGAAGAUCGCAAGUUUGCAGACAUUGGAAAUACUGUGAAGCAUCAAUAUGAAGGUGGUAUUUUCAAAAUAGCAUCCUGGUCAGAUAUAGUUAAUGCUCAUGCUGUUCCUGGACCUGGAGUUGUUAAGGGGUUGAAAGAAAUAGGGCAUCCUUUACAGAGAGGGUGUCUCUUGAUCGGUGAGAUGAGCUCAGAAGGGUCGCUGGCCACUGGUGACUAUACAAAAGCUGUGGUUAAAAUGGCUGAGGAACACUCAGAUUUUAUUCUGGGAUUUAUUUCUGGCUCCAGAAUUAUUGACAAACCUGAAUUUCUUCAUCUGACUCCUGGUGUUCAGAUGCUGGCUGGAGGUGAUAAGCUUGGGCAGAAGUACCUCAGUCCUCAGGAAGUGAUUGGUAAAAGAGGUUCGGAUAUCAUCAUUGUCGGCCGUGGUAUCUUAUCUGCGCCCAGUCGCCCAGAUGAAGCAGAGAGUUAUAGGAAAGUAGCAUGGGAAAGCUACUUGCAGAGAAUUGGUGUCAGUGCACAAAAAUAGCACAACUGCUGUGUUUCGUUAAGCAAGCCAAAUUCUAGAAGCAGGAAGGAUUGAGAAGGUAAUUCUUUGUUGUUAUUUUGCCUAAUGAAUGUUGUUGUAUGUUCAAAUUUUGCUAUAAAGUUAUUUGAGAAUCAGUACAGAAAUUGUAAAUUUUGACUCUGAAUUCAAACAGCUGCGUGUCGUCCGCUAUCCCAUUUUUAAAAACACUUUAAAGGGCUUUUAAAAAAAAACUCCAGUGGUUUUGCGAAACACAGAGCCAUAAAGAUUGUGAGAAAAGAAAAAGCUGAGCAAAUCCUGAUCACGUUGCUUUUGCAGUUGUUGAAAGUACUUAGUUGCUGUUCUCAGUUGUGUUAAAAUGUAAGGACUGAGUGUGAUAGGGCGCUAGGCCCUCUUCCACAGAGCAGUUUCUCCAUCCAGCAUCUGGUGCUUUAGAUCAUGAUGUGAAAUACAUUUCAAAAUCUUGCUCAGGUGCAGGAAUUGUGUGCCUUAGGUAUUAAUAUACUUGUGUUCUACGUGGAGAUGAUGCAUUCCAUUAAUGAUCUGCUACCUCAAAGCACAUUCGGGAUCCUUGCUUCUCUAAUAAUUGCCUCACUGGUAAAAUGCAGUGGUUGUCACAACAAUAAAGUCAACUUCAAAAAGACUAUGUUUAAAUGGUAUGCGAAUGGGAAGGUCUUUUUGUACAUUAAAUACUCUGGAUGAUACUCAGUGGCAUGGAUAUCCUUUUCCCCCUGAGCCCCCCCAAAUCUGCCAUGAAAUGUCCCCAACCCUCUGGAGUAGAGGAAGGGCAAGUUCACUGUGAGCAGAAGUAUGUUCCACUUGCAGACAAGACAGAGUUGGGUGUCAACAUAUGCUUUUGUAAAUGUCAAGCUCUUCUAGAACAUUUGCAUCCUAUUUGUCUUGGCUUAGAAAGAAAUGUGUAUCAUUGUAUAAAAUUUAAGCCACCAGAGGGUGCUAUAACCCUUUGUGUUUUUCAAAAGUGUCUUUACUUAGGGUUGCCAUGCACCCGGAAUUUCCCAGACAUAUUUGGAAUACCGCAUUCGUCAGCAGUGUCUGGGCAGAAAUCGCCCAACUGGGAAAAUCUGGACAUAUGGCAGCCCAUGUCGACAAUGCCAAUUUGGCCAAUUUUUCCUUAAAAUAACUGCAAAAUACAAUUUUUUUGCAAUCUUGCCAGAAAAAGCACAACUUUUCUGUCUGGAUUUUCACUGUUUGAAAUAUGGCAACCCUACUUUACAUAGACUUGUUUAUUACUGUUUGGUCUUCCACAAUAACUGCCGAGAACUAAAAAAUUAAACUUACCUAUUGUUUAGGACUUGGCAACCAUUUUUGCUGGAAUAUAAAUGUGAAAGCAGUUGUCUGCUGUACGAAAUAUUUGUCAUUUGUGCUGCUUUGGAACAAAAUAGACAAAUGCAGAUGUACUGUUCUCCUAACCAUCUUUAGGUUCAUGUAGGCUCAGCACUACUCUUACCAUCUAUUUGAGUUGCACCCCCUUUCUGCCAUUGUCUGUGUAUUCAGUGUAAUAUCUGUGUUGAUAUAAGACAGUUGAUGGGUCUAGCCAUACUUUUAACAUUUCCCUAGAGCAAUGGUAGGCAGAGAGCAUUUUUAAAUGUGCCUGCAUCACUCAUAUGGGUUGGUGUGAGAAAAUGAGAAGAGAAAAUAGAUACUCCUGAAAAGCAAUAGUUGGAGAUGAUUGAGAGGGAAGUGUCCAAGGCUGUCCCAAGUAUAAAUUACUGUUUAAUUGAAGUAGUAGAUAUUUAACAGAAAAGAACUGAGUUUUCACUUCAGAAAACAAAAAAGGGGAGUUCUGUUUUGACAAAAUGAUAGUUGGAUCUCCUUUGUUUUGUUGCACAUACCUCCUUCAUUUAGAUCGGACUUAUUGUUAGCAUACAUUACUAUUUGUAUGUGCUUGGCCUUAAUUGGCAUGGUUUUGGAAGCGGCCAAGGGAACAAUGCUUUUCAUUCAGGCACAUCUCUGUAAAGAAAUCUGUGUCCAGGGUUAAUGUCUCCUAUAAUCUCUAAUUUUACAUUCCCUGGCUUCCUUCCAUAUGUUAGCAACAUGAGAACUAGGUCACAAUUUGUUUGUGUGGUUUUUUAAAAAACUCAUAAUAUACCAUAGGCAUUGCUAGCUGAGGCAGUGAAUGAAUUACACAGAGACGGGCGCUGGAUGUGCUAACCUCUGCUAGUUUAUAAAGCAACUUGAAUUUCUUAAUUGUAUCUUUUUCGUAAAAGAAGGGUGUUUUUUUAAGUGGCUAGAUUUGACUUUUAUACAUUGAAGCUGAUGCAGUCUUUGGCGUUGUGGUCAUCAGGUGAUAUUUCUUGUUAGACUGGUUGCUUGGCAAACUUCUGUGCCAAGGAAGGGAAAUGCAGUAGCUUAAUGAUGGCAAAAAUAUUCAUUCUGCAGUUAUUUACUGGCUUGCAGUACUUGUUGAAGAACCAAAUCCAUCAGAGAUUGUUACUUCAUUCAAUACUAGGCACUGAGCCAACUACCCCAAUAACAGUGAUUCUCCAUAUCUGGCUGUUAUUGAAAUGCUCAUUACAGAUUAUUAUAGGAAUGACACAAACACUUGAUAGCCAUUUAAAUUCUGUAGUUCUGUCCCAUUCUCUGUUGAAGUGUUCAACGGCCAUUUCAUUCAGAAUGUGUAAGUGGCAUGAGGGGCUUUGCAGUACCUAAUUGUUGUAGUCUUCAAGUUUCCACCCCACCUUUAAUUUGGCUGCUUUACACUUUCAUUUUGAGAUGAAGCUGGAGCCAGUUUAUUUUAACAGUGAAGGACAAUUUCAGCCUUUUGUAAUGUGGCCCUUUAUCACUGUAAUCUGUUAUAUACAACCUUUCUUUGCUGUUAGCCAAACAGUGCUUUUCCACUAUCUCCAGCCACUAUGACAUGUAAGAGACAACUUUAUUUGUGUGAGUGAAUUAGUUAAUGUGGUUAAGAUGGAAAGUUCAUAAGUUCUAGUAUGUCAGGUAAUUGUACAACUCUUCUCAUUCCUCCAUCAAUCCUGGCUUUGAUUGAUGAGUGUUCUAUUUUUACAUGCCAUGGGCUGUUCUCUUAUUGGUUAUGUUGCCAUUAUAAAGCCUUUAGAGGCCUUGAGGGAAAGGUGGCGUAUAAAAUGUUAAAUAAACACAGUUUGAUGCUGGGUAGCAGAUAGUAAUUGUGUUCAUUGUAGCAAGCUUAAACAGCCUAUUGGUCUAUGUCUGCACCUACUGCUCCAGCAGGAAAUGAAAAUAACUUUGUUUUCUCCUGGCAAAUGCAUUUUGUGGCCUGUAAGGGUGAGAAUGAGAGAAUCAGUGGUAGCUUGGCUAGCCUUUAUUUAUUUUAUGUUGCCUUCUGCACUGAGGCUGUGAUACAACAGUCUCUUAAGUUACCAUAAGAAAUAGAUAUACUCUAAUCCUCAAGAAUAUCAGUUUCUUUCUUUUUUUAAAUUGGAGGUUUGUUUUACAGGCUCAACUAAUGGAGAUGCUUCCAGGCAUUAGGCUACACAAUUAGAGAUAAGUUGUAGCCUUAAAUUCAUACUUGAUGUAUCUACACUGCACAUGUAGGUGUUGGGAGUGAUAGUUUAACUGGGAAGUUUAAGAAACUGUCAUUAAAGUCCUAACAAAAUUCAGCUUGCAGCUGCCUGCUAUAUUGAAACUGGACAAUGUUUGCAGUAAUAUUGUAUGUACAAGGGAAGUGUAUAGACCCUUAUUUUUUAUAACUGCAGAGUCACGAAAUGUUUUGAGCACUGUUCUUUCCCCAGUCAUUGCAAGAACUUGAAGCAGCACUUCAUUAAAAUCAUAUUUGGGUUUGUGAUAAUGGUCUUUGUGUGCUUAAGAUCUUUCAUACAUGUCAUAUUAAACCUGAGCUGCUACUGUGA